AUGAAUUAAAAUUAUAUAAACUCAUUAAAAUUAGAUACUUUGUAGAAAAAAAAACGAGUUUAAAUCAAAAUAAACAAAAGAUAGCAGCAAUAAAUCCAAUAAAGUUUAAAUAAAAGUAUAAAAUAUGGGCCUAUUACAUUAGAUAUAAAUGUAGUUUAUGAAGGCAAAUGGUUAGAUGAAAUGAAGGACGGUUUCGAAUCAAUUACAUGGUUUGAUGAUUUAAAAUAUAUAGGCUAAUGGAAAUUAGAUAAAAUGUCUGGAAAAGGAAGAAUUAUUCACACCAAUGGAAACUAUUAUGAAGGCGAAUGA